AUGUCUACUACAAAUCAACUACUCCCUCUUGAAUUAAUCGACAAAUGUAUUGGCUCGAAGAUAUGGGUUAUUAUGAAGAGCGAGAAGGAGUUCACGGGAAUCUUACGCGGUUUCGAUGAUUAUCCAUUUCCUAUAAAACUACAAGAUAUGGUCCUUGAAGACGUGAUUGAAUAUGAAAAUACACCAGAAGGUCGAAAAACAACAAAACUUGAGCAAAUUCUGUUGAAUGGCAACAAUAUCACAAUGCUUAUUCCGGGUGGUGAAGGACCAGAGAGCUAA